AGUCUUGUUGAAUUGAUUUCACAAGUGAAAAAUCUAACUUUUUACGUGCCACCUAAUUUAAAACAAAAUGGUAGUUUGGAGUUCUUUUAGACUUUUGAACACGUUAGCAAGGAAAAAUGAAUUAAUGGUCCCUGUGGUAAAGAGAUACAUGGGAGGAGGCCAUGGCAACACAAUGAACAUUGAAGUGUCAAGAUGGCAGUGGCACAAGUUUAAAGAUUUAUUUCACUAUUAUGUCUUGGUUGGGGCCAUCCCUCUGUCCCUCAUCUGCUUCUAUGUCAACAUCUUCAUUGGGCCUGCAAAACUUGCGGAAAUACCGGAAGGAUACACUCCUAAACAUUGGGAAUACCACAGACAUCCCAUAACAAGAUUUAUUGCUCAAUAUCUGCAACCAAGCUUCCAACAAGAGUAUGAGAAGUACUUGCAUCACCUCUAUGAAGACGAUGAAGCAGCUAAAAUGAGGUUAGUUGCGAAGGCGAUCAAGGAGAAAAUGGCUGAGAGACACGACUAUCAAGCCUACUACUAUCGUCCAGUUACUGCUAAGUACUUCCGAGAAACAAAGGCUAUCACAGAGAGAACAAAGGAAAUUAUGGGAGAGAAUUAGAAGGAUCUUUGAAAUUUGAUAAGAUAGUGAAUAUAAAAUAUCUCUUAUGUCUUGUCUAACAAAUAGUUACAUUUUUAAGGAUGUAUAAAUAAAACUGGCAGAUUAUUGUAAGAAUAAUAAACAAUGUUGUUGAAUAAAUAA